AUGACUUUAUCCCCCACAAUCGAACUCGACCAAACCUUCCACCACUCCACUCCCACUCACAGCUACGCAAUCCACUGGACAUCCCUCGGCGACCCAUCUUCCCAACCUCUCAUAUUCAUACACGGCACACCAUGGUCCUCACGAGUAUGGACUAAUUACGCACAAUCAUUCUCAAAAUAUUUCCACGUCUACCUAUUCGACAACCCCGGUUUCGGGACAAGUCCACUCGGCAAGCCCCUCCCCGACAAAGAAGACACUAUCAGCGAAGACCUCGCCCUCGAUGCAGAUCUCUCGCAACAAUCGGCCGUAUUUGCCGCUUUAUUCAACCACUGGUCUCGAGAGUGGCAGCAAAAACCACACGUCGUUGCACAUGAUCAUGGCGGGUUGAUGACUCUACGGGCUCAUAUCAUCCAUGGCUGCGAGUAUGCCAGUCUAUGUUUGAUCAAUGUAGUCGCGAUAGGACCAUUCGGUCAACCACUCUUCAAACUUAUCGCUGAGAAUGAGAGUGUUUUUACAGCGUUGACGGGGCCGGUGUUUGAGGGUGUUGUCGAGGCGUAUAUUCGUGAUGCUUCGUAUGCAGGCUUGGACAGGGAGACGACGGAGGUUUUGAAGAGGCAAUGGGUUUCUACGGAUGAGGGGCGGAGGGGGUUUGUUAGGCAGAUGGUACAGGCGAAUAGUCGGAGUACUGAGGAGGUGGAGGGGAGGUAUGAUGAGGUUGGAAGAAGUAUGCCUGUGCGGGUUAUUUGGGGUAAGGAGGAUGCGUGGAUUCCUGUGGAGACGGCGGAGAGAUUGAAGAUGAAGUUGAAUGCGAGGGACUUGGUGCUUAUUGAGGGUGCUGGGCAUCUGGUGAUGUAUGAUCAGGAGGGGAAGUUGGGAGUAGAGCUGGGUUGGUGGUUGAGCCAUGUUCGAGGUGUGAAAGAGUGA